GUUCGACUGUUGUUUCCUUCUCUUUGGAUAUGACUGCAUGAAACGAUCGGAUUUGCGCAACGCAUCGUGUCCCAGAUUUGACUGGUGAUCCGGAUUUUAUAUGUUGAAUUCUGUUGUCACGAUUGGUUCAUUGUGUGGAUUACUGACAUCUUGACCAUGGGACAAAGAAAUCGUUCGCCAGGAGGGCUGUAUGGACAUUUUUUCGGAUGCUUCUGUGCAGUGCUUUUUUGGAGCUUAAGCUCAGCACAAUUAAGAUAUUCAAUCUCCGAGGAAGUAAAGGAAGGUACUGCGGUGGGGAAUAUUGCAAAGGAUCUGGGGUUGGAUAAAAGCACACUAAAGGAAAGAAAAUAUCGGAUCGUUUCGAGUGAUGUUGACCCGCCUUUUCAAGUAAAUCAAAACGAUGGAAUCCUAUAUGUGAGCAGAAAGAUUGACAGAGAGAAUGUGUGCGCGCAAAGUAGUACGUGUUUAUUGAACGUGAAAACGGUGUUGGAAAACCCGCUAGAAGUGCACUACGUCAGGAUAGAAGUGCAGGAUAUAAAUGACCACUCCCCCACCUUCCAGGAGAAAGAAAUAUCGUUGGAAAUAUCUGAAUCUGUGUUUUCUGGAGCACGGUUUAAACUCAAAGCCGCAAGGGACCCAGAUAGCGGUCCAUUUUCUGUGCAACAAUAUAAGCUUGACCAGAAUGAGCAUUUUCGAUUGGAAGUUAGGGACAGUGGUGAAGACGGGAAAAUUCCAAUUUUGAUUGUGCAAAAAUCUUUAGACAGAGAAACUGCGAAAAGACAUUCCCUGGUACUGACAGCUGUGGAUGGAGGCAAACCUCCAAAAACAGGCAGCAUGAAUAUUCAAAUAGAUAUUUUAGAUGUAAACGAUAAUGUUCCAUCUUUCUCUAGUGAUGCUUAUUCUGUUACGUUAAGGGAAAAUGCCCUUCCUGGCACGAAGGUGAUACAGGUGAAUGCAACUGAUUUGGAUGAUGGAUCAAAUGGAGAGGUCUUUUAUUCGCUAGGCAAGAGUAUGAAUCAGCAUAUUUUAAACCUUUUUGAUAUUAACCCCAAGACGGGCGAAAUAACUGUCAAAGGUUUAAUAGAUUAUGAAGAGAGAGACAAAUAUGAAUUAGAAAUUGAAGCUUCAGACAAAGGUUUUGCUCCUCUUACAUCUGAAAAAAGUGUCAAUAUAAAAAUCAUUGACGUUAAUGAUAAUGCUCCUGAGAUUGAAGUCACUUCAUUUUCCAGCUCAAUUCCUGAAGAUUCCCGACCUGGAACUACAGUGGCCCUUAUUAGUGUAAAUGAUAGGGACUCUGGUCUUAAUGGGAAAGUGAUGUGUUCGAUGAGUGAAGACAUUCCAUUCUCUUUAUCACCAACUAUUCAAGACACCAUCUACUCAUUGAUUACCAAAUCCCCUCUGGACAGAGAAAAGCAGUCACAUUAUGAUCUGACAAUAUUUGCAAAAGAUACAGGACAGCCUUCCCUAUCAUCUGAAAUAACAAUUAGUAUUUUUGUCUCAGAUGUGAAUGAUAACAGCCCAGAGUUUGUUCUUAGUCCCUAUAAUUUUUAUCUUAUGGAAGCAAAUGAACCUGGGACAUCAGUAUUUUCAGUUAAAGCUUUUGAUCGUGAUGACAAUGAAAACUCAAUCAUUUCAUACCAAAUAGCUAGAGAUGGAAGUGAGAAUAACAAAAUAAGCUCCUUUCUCAAUAUAAACUCUGAAACUGGAGAAAUUGUAGCACUAAAAGCCUUUGACUUUGAAAUCCUGAAAACUUUCCAGUUCCAUGUUGUUGCCACUGAUUCUGGG